GAUAUGUGAAAUAAAAAACAUAAGUUCCGUAACUAUGGUUUGUGGAUUCAUAACUCUCUCCAUAGUACUGGCAACAGUUAUUUCCCUGUUCUCGCGGGAGAUAACUGCCCAGCAGUCUGGCAUGAGGGCCGUGGAAUGCACCAGGACAAGGUUUAACGGGAAGGUAAUGAAGUCAACGAAUAGGACGGGAAGGAGCGUGUCCGAGUGCUGUGGGAUUUUCUGGGACUUCAAGGCAGCGUAUGACAGUUUCUGGUUUGAUCCGAAACAGAAAUUAUGCGUAAUGGCCAAGACCAAUCCUGGAAAGGGCACCACCGUUGUUCCGGAUUAUGUAUACACGCUGGAGCAUCAGAGCAUCAGAGGCGGCAGCAGCGGCAGGCAUAAAAAACCACAUCCACGUAACCCAGUCAAGUUCCAGUCUAGGAAAUAACAGUGUCACAUGACAGGGAUCUAAUCACAAAUACAAGUAUAUCUCAUGAAGAUGAUAUUACAGAGUUAUAGAACUGUAUUAGUAAAUAUGGACAAAAAAUAGACUCGAAUUGAUUAAUUAAAUGUUCCUUCUAAUCGAGCGACAUAGAACUAUAUACAUCGAUGUAACAUAUAUAUGAAACACUAGAACUGUUUUAACUAUGUAAAUUUAUUAUUACCUUUUCAAAGUCAUACAUUGAGAAGGGGAAUUAAUUAAUGCUAAAAUGUUAAAAAUACUAGCGUAGUUAGAGUUG